AAAGAUAAUAAAAAAAAUGGCGACGCAAGUUCUCAGCUUCAGGGACGAUAGUAGCUUCAGAGACGAUAGUAGUCAAGAGGAUUGGCAUGACUUCGAGGUUCUUGGUCGUGGAGACGAGCCCAAGAUUCUUAUCAAGAAGACGAGUAUGCUGUCUGAUUCGGAAAGACGGAUCUCCGUUGACCCGAAAUCACUUUUGUCGAGGAACGAGAGCUUCGACAUAAUAACCUCACGGCCGAGAGAUCAUCAAACGAAGACGAAGUUUAUAAGCUGCAGCCUCCCGAACUCAGCAUCCACGUCACCUAGACACAGCUCGAGUUGGAAGAACAGAACCACGGAGCAAGUUCUUGACCUAAUGCUCGUUCAAAACGCUGCCGCUGCGUUUGGAAGAAGCAAAUCUUGCGGGGAAGGACGUGCAUGCACGCCAUCGCUCGAUUUCGACAUGUUGUUACGCAAAUCAAGAACUGGAAAUCAUCAUCAUCAUCAGCAUAACGAUCAGCAUGAUCAUAAUGAUAAUGGCUUCUCUUCCUCUAAUAACACCAAGAGUCUCUCUAACAAGAGUAGUGGAAACAACUCUUUCUUCUCAAAAACAGAGUCUAACAAAAGCAACAACACCAACACGGCGAACUCUAAAAGCAUCAAUACGUUCGAAGACGGAUUCAAAUGCAGCGCGUUGUGUCUAUACCUACCCGGUUUCGGCAAAGGUAAACCGGUGAGAUCAUCACGUAAAGGUGACUCCUCGUUCACUAGAACCACGACGAUGACUUCUACUCAGUCGAUGGCAAGAACCGCUUCCAUUAGAGACACUACGGUGAUCUCUGCUCGAGCCUCGUUAGAGAAGUUUGACUGCGGUUCGUGGACUUCUUCAGCUAUGAUUCACGAGGACAAUGUUGAUCUCGGUGGCCACUUCUUCGACUUGCCUUCUGAGCUGAUCAAAGGCGGUCCAGGCGGAAACGAUCAAGACGAUCCUGUUUCGGCGGCUUUCGUGUUCCACAAGGAACCUAGUCUGGAGAAAGAGAUCAAAGGGGUUCUGAAGACUUCAGGUUCGAAAUCGAGAAGAUCUAUGGAGUCGCCACUUCAUGUUCGGUUCUCAACUUCGUCGCCGGUUUCUUAUCCGACGUCUCCGAAUCAUUCGAUCACGCCACGGUUGUUACAAGCCACCGAGGAUUUUACUAGUUUCUUGGAAGCACAAACCGUGUGAAUAAUAAAUGGGACGCAUUUAACUGUUCUUUUUCAUCUAUUGAUUAAUCAAAUGAAUUUAACUA